UUUUUUCUCUUCUCUUCUUCUCUUCUCUUUCGCUUUAGGGUUUGAUUCUUUGAUUCUCUUCCUUCGCUGCCACUCAUUUGCUUCUCUGAAUCGUGACUUCGACUCCUUCGUUGUGUUCUGGUUGUUUCAAACCCUAAUUCUCUGUUUUGUCGCUGGUUCUGUCCGGAGACGUCGCAGACCAAAGUUUUGAAAGAUCUCUUCCGUGGAGUUGAAGGAAUUGAGAGUGAUGGAGGAAGUUAAGUUGGAAGAAGAGGUAAUGCUUGUUGAUGUGAAGAAAGAGAAUCUUCGUAAAACGAUGGAGAAGAUUCAGUCUCAAGCCUCUGAUAUACUUAUCUUGAAUCUUCAGUGGUGUGAUUUGGAGGAACAUUUAAAAUCAGUUGGGGAGAAAAUAGAGAGUAGGUUUAAGGAAUUGGUGUUGAAGGAGGUUGAGUUGGAGAAUCGAAGUUUUGCUCUUGAAGAAAGGGGUAAAGUGAUUGAUGCAGCGGAAGCUGAGGUGAUUGAUUUAGAGAUGAAAGCUAAUGGCUUUAGGAGUGAAAUUGAAGAGAAAAGAGAGGAAUUGGGUUUUCUUAGGAAGUCUUUGGAAGAGUGUAGUGUUGAGCACAGGUCAAAGACAGGUCAAGUCAAUGAGUUGGUUGAAUUGUUGAGAAAGACUCAGGUUGAUCUUGAUUUGCAGGGGGGAAAGUUAAGUCGGAUGGUGACUGAUGUUGAGAGAUAUCGUGUUGAGGUUAACGUAGAGAAGGAGCAUUUGGUUAGGACUAGAAAUGACAGGAGAGAAGUGGAAGUGGAGUUAGAGAGAAAGAAGAAAGCUCUCAAAUUGGUUGUGGAGAAAACUGCUGAAUGUGAUAAGAUGUUUGAGACACGGUCCUCGGAACUAAUAAAGACUGAGAGUGAGGUUGAGUUGAAAACGGAACAGUUACAACGGAUGAAUGUUGAUCUUGAGAGAUAUCGUGUUGAGGUCAGAGCAGAGAAGGAGCGUUUGGGUAAGGCUCAAACUAAUAGAAGAGCAUUGGAAGAGGAAAUAGAGAGAAAGACUAAAGAUCUCAGAUUGGUUGUGGAUGAAAUUGCUAAAUGUGAGAAGCUGUUUGAGACACGGACUUCCGAACUGAUAAAGACUCAGAGGGAGGUUGAAUUGAAAGAGAAACAAUUAGAACAGAUGAAUAUUGAUCUUCAGAGGCAUCGUGGCGAGAUCAGCACAGAGAUGGAACAUCUGGAUAGGAGUCAAACUCGCAAUAGAGAGUUGGAGGAGGAAAUAGAGAGGAAGAAAAAAGAUCUUACAGCGGUUCUCGAUAAAAUUGCUGAGUAUGGCAAGCACCUUCAGUCGAUGGAAGAGCGACUGGCUUCUCAGCAGAAGCUGCUUGAGACACGGUCUCUGGAACUUGAUUCUAAAAGGAAAGAGUUGGACGGACUGAGUCUGGACCUUGACCUGGCUAACUCACUAAAUAACGAGAUGAAAGAGAUAUGUGUACAGAUUACAUCAAAGGGUAAGGAGUUGGAGGAGAUUAAAAGGCUGAUUCAGGAACGGACUGGUCACAAUGAAUCAAUCAAGUUACUGCUCGAGGAACACAGUGAAGAACUUGCUUCUAAAGAGAAGAGACAUGAUGAAAUAACGGAGGAUAUUCAUAAACUAACUUUAGAGAUUGUCUCCAAAGAGAAAACUAUCCAGCAACUCUCUGAGAAACAACAUUCAAAACAGAAAAAGCUGGAUUCAACUGAAAAACAUCUAGAAAAAUCCACUGCAGAAUUUGUUUUAAAGGAAACAGAACUAUGCGCUGUGAAGGAUGCAUACAGAGAGUGUCUCCAAAACUGGGAAAUGAAAGAGAAAGAGUUAAAGUCGUUACAAGAAGAGUUUAAAAAGAUUCAAGACGACUUGAAAAGCUUUGAAACUAAAGAUGCAGAGCAAGUCAAAUUAAAAGCAUCAUUGAUAGAGCGUGAAAAAGAACUUGGAAUUAAGGAGAAGCAAGUUCGUGUUCGCUCAGAAAAGAUUGAACUGAAAGAGAAAGAGCUUGAUGCUCGGGAGGAAAGGAUCGAUAAAAAAGAUGAGGAACUGAAAUCCACAAAAGAUAGCUUGGCUAAAUGUACUAAAAAUUUUGAUCUGGAAGUAAAGAGAUUGGCUAACUUUUGUCAACAAAACAACAUGGUACGGGACGCUGGUGUAUGUGACGAGAAAACUUUGCAAUUACUCUUACAUGGGCACCUGAAGAAAUGUCAUCAGCUUCACCUUGAUGUUUUGAAUGCUCUAAAAGCCUCUUCUGACCCGGCAAAGCUUGUGUUAGUCACAAUACAAGAGCUUCAUAAAAAGAUGGCAGUAACGAAGCUUGAACCAGAUAGUGUUAGAAGGAGUAGCAUUUGCCUGCUGGAAUGCUUAAUGGAUAUGGCACCAGAACCCAAGACUGACGUACAAGGAGAAGCUGUAAAAUCAGCCACUGAAUGGAAGAACACAACACUGAUCAAGGCAGAGAAUCCAGUGGCGGUUUUGGGGUUUCUGCACUUUCUAGCUGCAUUCAGUUUGGCAUACACUUUUGAUGCUGACAAAGUCCAAAAUCUGUUUGAUGCCGCCUUUCUUCGCCAAUACGCUCCAAGUCUGUGCAAGGCUCUUGGGGUAUCAUCUCUAGCACCUGUCAACGUUCUACUGUCUUCAUUGGAUGAUAAGCCUGAACAGCACCCCCCGGAAGCACCAAUCAGAAAUAGUAGUGAUUCUCGCUACCCGGAUGUCCAAGAAAACAUAGCAUCAUCUGAUUUGGGUAAUGAAGAUGCUCUUUUGGACCCUGAGGGCUCAGCUUCUUUUUCGCCCAAUGAGGUCUUUACGGGACUUCAAGUUAUGACAGAUCCGGCGGGGUAUAUUUUAAAUUUGGUCAACGAAGUACUCAUUGGUGCUCAACAGAGAGGGGAGUUGGGUUUAACAGAGCCUAUAGUUAACCAUGUAGUUUCCCUUUUGGAAGAGCUACCACGUGUUGUAAGUUCUAGCAAUCAUCUACUGUCAGAAGCAUUACAAGUGGCAUAUCGAUGGAGCAGGAUGAUGGGAAAUAGUGAUCAGAUGUCACCGCUUGAAGCUUGGGGUUUUCUGCAACUCAUUGUGGUGUAUGACUUGGUGCAUAGAACAAGUCGAGAAUAUAGGUUACGAUUUGCCAUGUAUGUUGUUGAUUUCAAACAGGCUCCGAAACUCUUUGAAUCUCUUGGUCUUCGUUAUGCUAUCCAAGACUUGGUCAAACAAUUCCUAGUCGAAGGUCGUUAUUUUCGGGCAAUCCGGUUUAUACUUUAUUUCAACAUGAAGUGCCAAUUUUCUCCUAGGCAGUUUUUAAAAGAAGAGAUCAUAAAUCUUAGACGCUGUGCCAAGGAUAAGAGAAGACUUGAUUCGCAGGCUGAAGACAGAGAUGGUGCAAAACUGCGAGACAUAAUUGCACUCAUCGAAGACUUCGAGCUGGAAAUCGAUCUUCCUGUGGAACUUAUCGUCAAAUUCAUGGUUCCGCGGGAAAUUCAAAGCCAGAAUCAAUAUGCGGUCUCAUCAUUUGUCCCAGUUCAACCUCCGCAGGUUUCACACACAGUCAUUCACAGCUCAUUUAUCACCAGUCAUGGCUCAAACCAAACCUUUCCAACAAGCCUUGGUGGAUCACCAAAUCAACAACAAGCCCUAGACUUGGAAACAUAUCAAGCUGGUGGUUCAACUGUGUCCCAUGGUCAAUCUUCACACCAGGCUGGUUUUAAACGUCCAAGGAUUGAUCCUCUGGCUUCUAGACCUGUGAUUAGACGUUGCUUCAACCCAUCAAGCUAUGGCAGCAGAUUCUAGUCGAACUCUAAAGCUAGUAUAGUUAGAAAUAAGUAAAAUGACAAGAUAUAGUUUUGUAUUUUGGUCUAGAUGGGUUUAUGGUUAAUAGCUCUUAAUCUCUUGUAAAUUAAAAAAAAAAUCAAUAUGGAGAGGAAACAUCCUCAAUUCCUCAUGUUUCAGUAUGCUUUUAUUCCUAAUGACCUCUUCUUACAUAUUAUAUGUAACGAUUAUAGAAGCAUAACGUGUGUAUUAAGUAUUAACAUUGUUAUUUUGUAAUA